CUCUUGCCUACGCAAUCUCGCUCCACAACGGCCUCAUCCUUUGACUAUGCGAUAGUCUCUUUCUGGUUUAGGGGACUUUCUAGCCUAUUUUGACGAGCUUUAUCAUAUUUUGCGCGUAUUCUUUUUCUGAGCCCUCUCGCUUCGUACUUUUUAUUGAAGGGUCGCCUUGAUUUACGGCAUGCUUUACCCGCAGACAUAACACAGGGGCGCGUGCGGUUUGACAAUGGUCACUUCUAAUCCGUCCGGGGGCACUGGCUCGAGUUUGGCGCGGGUCGUCGUUAUUGUUACUGGUGUCUCGUCGCUGGUUGCCUCUCUCAUAUCGAUUCUAUCCAUUUGGCUUCAAGCAAAGAACUACCGGAAGCCUUUACACCAACGCUAUGUGGUUCGCAUCCUCUUGAUGGUUCCGAUAUACGCGGCGGCGUCUUGGGCCAGCAUUGUUUCAUCAGUUGCCUCUCAAGUGCUGGACCCCAUCCGUGACAUCUAUGAGGCUUUUACGAUCUACACGUUUUUCCAACUCCUCAUCAACUUUCUUGGCGGCGAAAGAUCCAUCAUCAUCUUGACCCAUGGUCGCCCUCCGGUAGAUCACACCUGGCCGCUAAACUAUUGCCUUCCCAAACUCGACAUCUCCGAUCCCCAAACCUUCUUGUCGGUCAAGCGCGGGAUCCUUCAGUAUGCCUGGCUGAAACCGAUCUUGGCCUUGGUAUCGAUCAUAAUGAAGGCCACCGGUACUUACCAAGAAGGCUACCUGGGAAUAUCCUCCGGCUAUCUCUGGACGGGGAUUGUGUAUAAUAUAAGCGUCACCGUCAGUCUCUAUUCGUUGGCGAACUUUUGGGUUUGCCUUCACAGCGACUUGGUGCCAUUCCGCCCCGUGCCCAAGUUUCUGGGCGUCAAACUUAUCAUUUUCGCCUCAUAUUGGCAGGGGUUCUUCCUGUCGAUUCUCCAGUGGCUUGGGGCACUGUCCAAUGGCGUUCCGGGAUACACCCCCGACAAUUUAGCGGCUGCCAUUCAAGAUGCUCUGAUCUGUUUCGAGAUGCCCAUCUUCGCACUCGCACACUGGCAUGCGUUUUCGUGGCAUGACUAUGCGGACCCCUCCGUCUCGGCGGCUCGGUUGCCCGUAGCAUACGCUCUGCGCGAUGCCUUUGGUGCCAGAGACCUGGUCGAAGACACGAAGAUGACCUUGCGCGGAGAGAACUAUGAGUAUCGGCUGUUCGACUCGGGUGAUCACAUUAUAGCACACGCCGAGUCUCGAUCGCGCGUAAGGCGUAUCCAGCAUGGCAUGCGAUAUGAGCGUGGCGGGAAGGGGAAGUAUUGGAUUCCCAUGCCCGGAGAGGCCAACAGUCGAACGCCAUUAUUGUCCGGUUCCUCCGACGGCGACCGACGAGGCAGCGCUGCAGAUCGAUACAAUUCGCCUAGUGAUGUGGAGGAUUUCGGUCUGGACGAAGAGCAUGAGAGACUUUUCGCUCAGGCAAGGGAACUUGAGUUCGGCGACUGGAAUGUAAGUUGACCCACUCCCCAUUAUAGUACCAUCCAAACUAAUGCGACUUUGAUUAGUACCCUGUAAUCACCGCCCACGAGAUACCGAGGGACCAGCGUCUGCCGGAUUCUUCGAGCUACCAGGGGGACCACCUGCCUGAAUUGGUCAAGAAGGCCCGC